AUGAAUGUGCCAAGUCGAGUCAAGGUCUUUGCGUGGAGGGCCUGCAAGAAUGGACUACCAACUUUGCAAAAUCUCAAAACACGCAAGUUUGUUAAGGAAGCUACCUGUGAGUGGUGUAAAGAGGAUGAUGAAGAUACCGAUCAUGCUCUACUAAGUUGCAAAACUGCUAGGGAGGUGUGGGCUGCGCUGCUUCCAGAGGUCACCAGAGAUGCUUCACACAAAAGCUUGUUAGACAUUGCAAUGCAGAUUCAGUUUAGGGGCAAUAAUGGAGACUUGGAAAAGCUAUUUUUGAUAGCAUGGGGUGUGUGCCAAAAACCUAAUGGUGGAAAGGCAAUGUGUCGAUGGCUGCCUUCUGAACAAGGAAUGCUGAAACUUAAUGUGGAUGGGGCAGUAUUUGCAAGCCAACAAAGGGCGGGGGUGGGAGUUAUCCUUCGAGAUGACAAAGGUGAAGUUAUACUCUCAGCUUGCAAGAAGGAAAAUGACAUUAAUGACCAUCUUGAGAUCGAACUGAUAGCAAUCUUGAGAGGCCUCCAGAUUUGUCUCCCUCUUGGAAUUCCACAACUUGUUAUUGAGAGUGACUCUUUGCUCCUGGUUGAUGAAAUACAAAAUGACAAAGCUCCAAGAUCACUUCAUGGAAAUCUUGUGACACAGAUAAAACAGCUUAUGCAGAGAUUACAAAAGUGUUUUAUACAACACAGUGGCCGUUUAGGCAAUAGUGUAGCCCAUGGGAUGGCUAGACAUGCAUGGAAUGUUGAUGAUUUAGUAACUUGGUGGGGUUCUUAUCCUCAUUGUAUUGCCCAAGUUAUUUGGUCUGAUUCUAUGUUGUAA